AUGACAGACUGGAUAAAUGGGCUGACAGGAACCUCAUCAAGUUCAACAAAGGGCAAAAUCCUGCUCCUGGAGAGGAACAACACCAUGCAUCAGUGUAUGCUGGGGCCUGACCAGCAGGAAAGCACUUUUGCAGAAAAGGACCUGACAGUCCAGAUGGAUGACAAGUGGACCAUGAGCCAGUCUCAUGCAACAAAGAAGAGCAUUUUGCCAAUAUUCCAAAAACUUUCUCUUGUGUCAUUAUUUCUUCUUGACCUUUUAAUCCGACUGAGAACGUAUGCCAUCAGAAGGAUAAGAGAUGCCUUCAGAGAAAACAAGAAUAUAAAGGAUUCUGAAAAAAUAGAAGAAUUAGUGAAUAAAGCCAAAGCAAACCUAGAGGUUAUUCAUCGGCAGGUUACUAUUGGCCAACUGUAUUCCACGCAGAAAUUGGUUAUUGAGAGUCCAGGAAACACAUAGCUAUGAGAAGACUCUGAUCCUGAAGCAACACUGGACCAUCUUCAGCAUCCUACAGUGCCACAUACAGAUGCGUAAACUCACUGCACAUGUCUGAGCUUUUCUGUUCAGCAAAAGAAAUGCCUGAGAGACUCAGUUUUUGGCAACCAAAGUACUAUUUUCUAAUGGUUCACAUGUUCUAAAAUAUAUUGCUGUGAUUUAUAAUGGCAUGUAAGGUAGUCUUGAAAUCUGUUUGCUUGUAUGUCCCAUGAGAUGAAAUAGUUCCUGCCCUACUUUGACAAUAAAACUUCAUUGAGCUACCUGUAAUCAGAUAGAUUGUUCUGCUGCUGACCUCUUCCCUCACUGAGCACGAAAGAUGUGUUAGAUUUAAAACCCCUCACCCAGUUACUAAGUUCUUAUUGCUCCUGUUUCAUUUGAAAACAUACAGCAUCUGAAUUAAAUGAAUAAAUACGUAGUCCAUUUUAAAUAUUAAAACCAGAGAUGAACAGAGUUCUCGUCUCCUGGACCUUGAUACUUACAAGUGUCACAAGCUGCAUUGUGUGGUUUCUUUAAAGAGCAUCCCUUGACAUUUCAGGAGGCAACAUAAAAAUUUCACUAGUUCUUUCUUUAGUUUCCAAGAGUUUAAUAACCAGUCUCAUCCUACUUUUAACAAUUAACAGAUCAGAAUAGCAGAAUGUAAGACUUGCAUCACCGGGGCUCGGGAGCUUUAAAAUAUAUUUUCACCACCGAGUCCUUUUCCAAAUUUGUUGAAGUGCAGCUAUUAGCAGAAGGCACCACAUCACUUUAUGCAAAGUUUCCCUUUUUCACAAAGCUCCUGAAUUUUGCAGGAGAACAAGAACCUAACUAUGACAAUAACUCAAGUGCUGUAAGUCAUGAAUUGGCAGCAAGCUUUGCCUAGCAAAAGUGGAACACUCAGUAUACCAUUUUAUUGCUUAUUAUUAAAUCUGUAGAAUAAUCAACACUUUUAAGACAAUAUGUUAAAAAAAAAAGCAAGCAAAAAUUUUGAUCAGGUUCUCUUCAAGUCACUGCUGUGCUUGAAUUUGUUUCCCGUUAGAAAUUUGCAGAAAAAGUAAGCAGUGCAAAAUUUUUUUAAUGGCAUACAGAAAAAAGCUUCCUUUUUUUUUUUCAGGGGGUUGUUGUGGGGUUUUUUAAGAAGAGAAACAGAAACUCAAAACUAGUUCCAUGACACUGUGGCUUUUAAAAACCUCCCCUUAUUUUUCUUGCUUCCCAAAAUUCACCUUUGUUUAGAACAUCUAUUGUUUCGCGUUGUUCAUGCUGUGUGAUAAUAUUAUUAAAGCAGAGAAUAGACGAAGUGUCUAAUUUAGAACAAACUCCCAUUCCUCACUACCCUUUAAAGUGUAUUUUAUAAUUUUGUACAGUUAGAUUGAAAUGUAUAGUAAUGCAUUCCAUUACCAAUAUAGUGUACAGAAUAAGAUACUGUGACUACCCGAGACUACAAAUGCAGCCUCCAUUCUCAUUUUCAAAUAAAAGGCAAAUACAGUAACAAUUCUCCUCGUAUGAGGUGUGUAAGUAUUGCAAUGUAAAUUGCUUUUAGUGAACGUUUUAUUAAAAUGGCAUUUAAUUACUCUAAGAGGUGAAAUACAUUAGAUUCUGUACUUUAAAUCUCCACACUCACAACUGGAUAAUUAAAUGCAGUUAAGUUAAUGGUGAAAGUGUAGGGGAAGAAAGGUUUGAUUACUAUUUAAGCUUCCAGUGAACUUAAAGAAAUGUAGUAACAUCUUACACGUUUAGAGGACACAGGCUUGGAAGGGCUGCCAGUUUUAUACUCUAAGGAACGUGGUCCCUAAAACAGCACAUGCAAAAUCCUUGUUUAAAACAGCUUAAUUACUGGAACAAGCACUGCAUACUAUUUCAAGAUCUGAGAAUGUAUGCUAGGAAACAAAAUAAACAUCCUUAUAAAUAGCGUAGCCCUAAUUUAUAAAGAGGGACAACUCCAUCAGUAACAUUUUUACUAUUUAACUCUAAGUUUUCACCAUGUUUACAAAAAAAUAAGAGUUUGUUUUCAAAUAGACACCCUUCAAAUACAUAAUCAUUUCUUCCAAAACACCAGUACCUUUCCAGUGAAGUUCCUUACUGUUUGGUUUCCACCAAGAAUACAGAGGUAGAUGGUACGUGCUGAUGCAGUCAUGGGCAUGUGAAAUUCCUUAUUAAUUCCCUUAAAAGCAUGAAGGAGAUAUCUUCUCCAUUAACACGGAAAAUUCUGUUGUGAAGUUUUGGUGGUAGAUACAACACUACUGCUCUCCUGAUUCAUGCCAUCUGCUCCUACUUUCUGUCUCAAGGUUACCACUCAUAUUAUCUCUCCCUUAGCCUUUUAUACCUGCAAAGGAGCACUAGUAACCUUCAGGAUAUGUUCUACAGAGAGGACCCAUCAAGAAAAAUACAAAUAAAUUUCAGGCUCUGUAAUCUCCCUCUCUCCCCAAUCCGUAGUGCAGAGGUUAAGACAGCUCACUUUCCCAGUCAAGGAAAAAUUAGUUCUUAUUGCAAUUUAACCAUCAGCUUACCAUACAGUAUUUAUACAUUACUUAUUAGAAGUAAUGUAUGUAAGAAAACUGCUGCUAAGGACCAAAAGCCUGGGUAAUACUGUCUAACUUGUUAACAAAAGUGCAAAGCUAGCAAAGGUAUCAGCAGUUACUCCUCAAACCCCACACAAUCACUGCAUUUUAGAGGUCCGUUCCCUCUCUGUUUCAGAUUCCUUUCCUCACCAACACACGUGUACGUACACCCUCCGCUAGCAUUAGUUACAUGCCUAUCAGUUGCAUCUGCUUGUAAACUACCUAGAAAUAUUUUUUUCCUUUCCUAAUGUCCAUUUUAAGUAAUUUUGUCAUAACAUGCCCAGUUCUGUCUAACAACGUAGCUUAUCAAAUGCUUUAUCAUUAAAAUCCUACAAACUAUGGAAGGAAAAUACUUAGAAACCACAUCUGGAUUAGGAAGUCCAGCGCAGAAAUAAUAUUUGUAGGCUGGGAUGACUUUAGUAUUAUGUUUGUAUCCACUUGCCCUGUUCUUGCUCUUGGCUAGAGGCACAUGCUCGUCGUCACUGAUGGGGACAGCGAACUGGAGAGCUGGCACUGUGGUCCAGCCUGGGAGUUGCUGUGCUCUUCUGGCUGCACCUUCUGUGUUUCACCAGUUCCGUUUACGUUGCAAUACUCAUUAAAUCUCCCUCUUGGCA